AUGUUCGUAAAGCUCCUCGCCAUGGUCUUCUUUUCCUUUAGCCUACUCUCUCCUUUCCUAAAAUCCUCUUCCCAAAGUCUUGACUUCACUUACAAUGGCUUCCGUCCUCCACUAACUGACAUAUCUCUCCAAGGUAUCGCCACCGUCACACCCAACGGUUUAUUGAAGCUAACCAACGCAACCACUCAGAAAACCGGUCACGCAUUCUAUACCAAACCAAUCCGGUUCAAAGAUUCUCCAAACGGCAACGUCUCGUCCUUCUCUACAACUUUUGUCUUCGCCAUCAACCCUCGGCUCCGGGUACUCAGCGGCUUGGGCAUGGCCUUUGUUGUCGCUCCUAAGGCAAGCCUCCCGUAUGCCCAUGCCAGCCAAUACAUGGGUCUCUUCAACGCCACAAACAACGGGGAUGACACGAAUCAUGUGUUCGCUAUCGAAUUAGACACGAUUCCGAAUUUGGAGUUCUACGAUAUGAACGAGAACCAUGUCGGAAUCGAUAUCAACAGCUUGAUGUCGAUAAACAGUUCGAGAGCUGGAUACUGGGACAAGACUGGUCAGUUUAAGAAUCUGACUUUGAUUAAUAGUAAGCGGAUGCAGGUUUGGAUCGAUUACGAUGGUCUUUCGCAUAGAAUCGAUGUGACGAUGGCUCCGUUCAACGAGGAUAAACCUAGAAAACCGCUUGUUUCUACUGUCAAGGAUCUGUCUUCGGUUCUUUUGCAAGACAUGUUCGUUGGUUUCUCGUCUUCCACCGCCUUAAUUAUAUCGUCGGAUCAUUUUGUUCUUGGGUGGAGCUUCGCAGUGAAGGGAAAAGCUCCGCCGUUGGCCUUAUCGAAACUUCCGAAAAUUCCGAGGUUUGGGCCCACCAAAAUGCAGAGGUUCUACAAGAACAGGAUGAGGCUAGUUUCCCUCGUGUUGAUUCCGGUCUUGUUUAUAUUGUCGAUCGUAUUCCUGGUGCGAUUCAUUGUGAGGAGGAGGAGAAAGUUCGCGGAGGAAAUCGAAGAUUGGGAAACAGAGUUUGCCAAGAUUCGGUUGAAGUUCAAAGAUUUAUACUACGCCACCAAAGGGUUCAAGGAGAAUGGCCUUCUCGGAUCAGGCGGCUUUGGAAGCGUUUACAAAGGUGUCAUGCCCAAGACGAAGAAGAAGAUCGCCGUGAAAAGAGUCUCCAACGAAUCCCGACAAGGGUUGAAGGAGUUCGUGUCUGAGAUCGUGAGUAUUGGUCGGAUGAGUCAUCGGAACUUGGUCCCUCUCUUGGGUUAUUGCCGCCGGAAAAACGAGCUUCUUCUCGUAUACGACUACAUGCCCAAUGGAAGCUUAGAAAAAUAUUUGCACGAUAGUCCAGAGGUAACACUCGACUGGAAACAGAGGUUUAAGGUCAUCAAAGGUGUGGCCUCUGCUUUGUUCUUCCUCCACGAGGAAUGGGAACAAGUGGUGAUUCACCGCGACAUCAAAGCCAGCAACGUCUUGUUAGAUGCGGAGCUCAAUGGAAGACUCGGAGACUUCGGUUUAGCUCGGUUGUGCGGUCAUGGCUCGGAUCCUCUAACCACGCACGUCGCUGGAACAUGGGGAUACCUAGCCCCCGAUCACAUCAGGACAGGACGGGCCACGACCGCAACCGAUGUUUUUGCGUUUGGGGUGCUCCUACUUGAAGUGGCGUGCGGUAGACGUCCUAUCGAGUAUCAGAACGAGAGUGGUGAGAGGGUCUUGCUGGUGGAUUUGGUUUAUGGGUUUUGGAAUGAGGGAAACAUUUUGGAUGCUAAGGAUCCGAAUAUAGGGUCUGAGUAUGAAGAAAGAGAGGUUGAGAUGGUAUUGAAGCUAGGUUUGUUGUGCUCUCAUUCCGACCCACUAGCUAGACCAACUAUGAGACAAGUGUUGAAUUAUCUAAACGGAGAUGCAAUGUUACCAGAUUUGUCACCAUUAGACUUGCGUUGGAACGAGAUGAUGCUGGGAAUCCAACACAGAGUUGGUGAGUUAAUCAUGUCUAACGGUGGAUCUUCGAUGGUUGACUCGAUACUCUCAGACGGAAGAUGA